UAGCAUCGGCAGAGACUAAUCAGGGCCAUGUUCAUGGCGAAGUUCGAUUUACACGGGCCCAACAAAGAUUAUUUUUGAUUGUUUGUGUUCAUUUGCCUCCAAUCGAAGGCGGCACGAUGUACCCAACGCCGACGCGGCACCCGGCGGCCGCGGUAAGGGGGCCGCAGCCCUCCCAGGGGCCUAUAAAAUUCACUAUAGCUGAUACUCUAGAAAGAAUAAAGGAGGAGUUUAAUUUCUUACAAGCUCAAUAUCACACAUUAAAAUUAGAAUGCGAGAAACUGGCAUCGGAGAAAACAGAAAUGCAAAGGCACUACGUAAUGUACUAUGAAAUGUCAUAUGGAUUAAAUGUAGAAAUGCACAAACAGACGGAAAUAGCAAAAAGAUUAAGCGCGAUAAUUGGGCAAGUCCUGCCGUUCCUGGCUCAAGAACACCAGCAGCAAGUAGCGUCCGCUGUAGAGAGAGCAAAACAAGUCACUAUGUCGGAAUUAAAUGCAAUAAUUGGGCAGCAACAACAACAAGGUCUCCAACAACUCCUUCAACAAAUCCAUGCUACAGCAGGCCUGCCGCAUGGCGUAGGUGCCGCGGGGGGGUUGUUGGGUGCGGGGGGACUUCUUUUCGCGCCCGGCGCCGGAGGUCCUCUGCCUCCGCCACAUUUACCACCGCCUGCGCAUAAGGUGGAACUGCCCCCUCCCGCGGACGUGAAGCCGGUGAUACCCGGUGGCCCUCCACCCCCUCCCUUAAUGUCGGGGCAGCCCCCACCCCGUGAUGAUGACAGACUGCACGCUUCAAGAGCUCCGCAAAUGCAGAGGCGGUCAAUGUCCCCGCACGAGCGCGAGCAAAAAUACCGCCCCCCUCGAUCCCCCCUCGAGCCAGAAGCGUUGGACGUGAAGCGCAGGAAGGACGAGAAGGUACUCAGUCAUGUGAGUCUGUGUAGUGACAGCGACGCGGAAAAGAGCGAUCAAGACCUUGUUGUUGAUGUCGCUAAUGAGGAAGAAAGAGGGUCUCCGAAUGCCCGAACGGAAGGUGGUGAAAGGACGGAGAAUGGCCCUAGGCCACCUUCCAGAUCCGGUUCAUCAUCGAGUAGGUCUACGCCCAAAAGUUCGAAAGACGAGAAACCAGGAACGCCGGGAGCCAAAGCGGGGAGGGCAUCGACACCAACUGGACCCCCACCCGCGAGAGGGGGGUAUGGCUUCCCGGGAUACACAGGGUACAAACCCCCCAUACCAUUUGACACUCCACAUCAUAGGACCAAUGGCAUUGCGCCAGCUAAACCUGCCUAUGCGUACCAGACCACCGGAGGUUCGCCCCUCCAACCCGUUCCCUUCCCCUCCGACGCCCUUGUCGGGCCCGGCGUCCCACGCGGGGCUCGACAAGUGGCAGCGCUGCCUCACGGGGAGGUCGUCUGCGCAGUCGCGUUGUCUCUCAACAACGGUGCCCGAUAUGCAUACACCGGGGGAAAGGGAUGCGUCAAGCUCUGGGAUAUCACUAACCCGGGGUCGCCCAACACCCUGGAGCCAUUGUCGCAGUUGGAUUGCUUGCAACGCGACAACUACAUCCGCUCCGUGAAGCUGCUGCCCGACGGGCGCACGCUGAUCGUGGGCGGCGAGGCGUCGACGCUGUCCAUCUGGGACCUGGCCUCGCCCACGCCGCGCAUGCGCGCCGAGCUCACGUCGUCGGCGCCGGCCUGCUACGCGCUCGCCAUCAGCCCGGACUCCAAGGUCUGCUUCAGCUGCUGCUCCGACGGCAACAUCGCCGUGUGGGACCUGCAGAACCAGACCUUGGUCAGGCAGUUCCAAGGCCACACGGACGGCGCGUCGUGCAUCGACAUCAGCUCCGACGGCUCGAAGCUGUGGACGGGCGGCCUGGACAACACCGUGCGCUCGUGGGACCUGCGCGAGGGUCGCCAGCUGCACCAGCAUGACUUCUCCAGCCAGAUCUUCUCUCUCGGCUACUGCCCUACUGGCACCUGGCUGGCAGUGGGCAUGGAGAACUCGCACGUGGAGGUGCUGCACACGGGCAAGCCCGACCGCUACCAGCUGCUGCUGCACGAGUCGUGCGUGCUGUCAUUGCGCUUCGCCAACAGCGGCAAGUGGUUCGUGUCCACGGGCAAGGACAACCUGCUCAACGCCUGGCGCACGCCCUACGGGGCCAGCAUCUUCCAGUCAAAGGAAUCUUCUUCGGUGCUGAGCUGCGACAUCUCCGCUGACGACAAAUUCAUCGCGACUGGCUCGGGGGAUAAGAAGGCGACCAUCUACGAAGUCAUCUUCUAAAUAGACAAUGGCAAUCUCAAUUCCUAACAUGUAUGAGUGACAGAGCCAGUGUAUUAUUUAUGACUGUUUUCUACUGGCUGUCAGUCUGUAUGGGUCCAUCAGAAUCACAUGAUGAAUCAAAUUCACCCUUUGUUGAGGUUUAGGCAUUGACGUAAUUGUAGUAAGCUACAUACUACUACAAAUAGGUUUAAGACAUUUAUUUCUCAAAACAGAAUUAGAAUUUUCACUUACAAUAAGUAAUACUAGAUCGUAUAAAAGCUUACAAAAAUGAAUGAACACCGUUAUGUACGGUGCUCUAAACUGUGUAGUUUAACCAUUCUACAUAUCAUUGUUGGAAGGCCAAAAUUACUAACCUCCAAAAGUCUAAUCCUUUCGCCUUUCCGCCGAUGACAUAUUUACUUACUUUUUUUUUUUUAUUAUUGUGACUCGGCAAAAUGACUGCACCGCGCCUGAUGGAUAGUGCGAAUACAGUCCAGAGAUGAGAGUAACGGAUGGAAAACACAAAU